UCAGAUCUCGGUUUCCUCCCCGUCCUCGCCGCGCUUCUCUUUCUCUCUCCCUUUUCCUCACCCCUCCGUGGAAUCGUCUACAGGGUUCCACUCCAGAUCUAGCGGGGGCGCCUUCGGAUCCCUUCUCGUCCUCCUCCGGCCGCCGGAACCCUAGCUCAGGCCCGAUUAAGCUGCCAUGGCCGCUGCCAACGCCCCAAUCGUGAUGCGGGAGGUCCUGACGCUUCCGAGCAUCGGGAUCAAUUCUCAGUUCAUCACGUUUACGCACGUUACGAUGGAAUCGGAUAAGUAUAUAUGCGUCAGGGAGACCUCUCCGCAGAAUAGCGUGGUUAUUGUCGAUAUGAACAUGCCCAUGCAGCCGUUGAGGAGGCCAAUCACUGCUGACUCUGCUUUGAUGAAUCCCAACAGCAGAAUUCUUGCUCUCAAGGCUCAAAUACCUGGAACCACUCAGGAUCACUUGCAGGUAUUCAAUAUUGAGGCAAAGACUAAAAUUAAAUCUCAUCAGAUGCCUGAGCAGGUGGUCUUUUGGAAGUGGAUCACCCCAAAGAUGUUGGGUCUGGUUACGCAAACUUCAGUCUAUCAUUGGUCAAUAGAAGGUGAAUCAGAGCCUGUUAAAAUGUUUGAUAGGGCUGCUAAUUUGACAAACAAUCAAAUCAUUAACUACAAGUGUGAUCCCACUGAGAAAUGGCUGGUUCUUAUUGGAAUUGCACCAGGUGCUCCAGAGAGACCACAACUGGUUAAAGGCAAUAUGCAGCUUUUUUCUGUGGAGCAGCAGCGCAGUCAGGCACUUGAGGCACAUGCAGCAUCCUUCGCAUCAUUUAAGGUGGUUGGGAAUGAGAAACCAUCCAUUCUUAUUUGUUUUGCCUCAAAGACAAGUAAUGCUGGACAAAUUAGUUCAAAGUUGCAUAUUAUUGAACUAGGAGCCCAACCAGGAAAACCAGGUUUCACAAAGAAACAAGCAGAUCUGUUCUUCCCACCAGAUUUUGCAGAUGACUUUCCUGUGGCAAUGCAGAUCUCCCAAAAGUACAGUUUGAUAUACGUCAUCACAAAGCUUGGCCUGUUGUUUGUGUAUGAUCUGGACACAGCAACAGCAGUUUACAGAAAUCGAAUUAGUCCAGAUCCUAUAUUUCUUACAACAGAGGCUUCAAAUGUGGGUGGCUUUUAUGCAGUCAAUAGGAGGGGCCAGGUUCUUCUGGCUACUGUCAAUGAAGCAACCAUUGUGCCAUUUGUUAGUGGCCAAUUGAACAAUCUUGAGCUUGCUGUUAACCUUGCCAAACGAGGGAACCUUCCUGGAGCAGAGAAUUUGGUUGUGCAAAGAUUCCAAGAACUAUUUUCCCAGACAAAGUAUAAGGAAGCUGCUGAGCUUGCUGCAGAAUCUCCGCAAGGCAUUCUUCGAACUCCAGAGACUGUUGCAAAGUUUCAGAGUGUUCCAGUUCAAGCUGGGCAAACACCACCACUGUUGCAGUAUUUUGGAACAUUAUUAACAAAAGGAAAGCUUAAUGCUUUUGAGUCUUUGGAGCUAUCUCGCCUUGUUGUGAACCAGAACAAAAAGAAUCUACUGGAAAAUUGGUUGGCUGAAGACAAGCUUGAGUGCAGUGAAGAACUUGGGGAUCUUGUGAAGACCGUGGACAAUGAUCUUGCACUGAAAAUCUAUAUAAAAGCAAGGGCUACUCCUAAAGUUGUUGCUGCUUUUGCGGAAAGAAGGGAGUUUGAUAAGAUUCUUAUUUACUCAAAUCAGGUUGGCUACACGCCAGAUUAUCUCUUCCUUCUGCAGACCAUUCUGAGGUCAGAUCCUCAGGCAGCAGUUAAUUUUGCUCUAAUGAUGUCACAAAUGGAGGGAGGCUGCCCAGUGGAUUACAAUACAAUUACUGAUCUUUUUCUUCAGAGAAAUAUGAUUCGAGAGGCAACAAGGUUCCUGUUAGAUGUCCUGAAGCCCAAUCUUCCUGAGCAUGCUUUUCUCCAAACCAAGGUUUUAGAGAUCAAUUUGGUGACAUAUCCAAAUGUUGCAGAUGCGAUAUUGGCUAAUGGAAUGUUCAGUCACUAUGAUCGCCCUAGGAUUGCUCAGUUAUGUGAAAAGGCUGGUUUAUAUGUGCGAGCUCUUCAGGUAGGAUAUGCUGCAGAGAAUAAUUUCAGGCAAGUUUUUGUGUUGCAUAUUAUUAAACAAUUGUACAUUAUUCUGCAGCAUUACACAGAGUUGCCUGAUAUAAAACGUGUCAUCGUGAACACUCACGCCAUUGAGCCACAGGCACUUGUCGAGUUCUUUGGGACACUUUCCAAGGAAUGGGCACUGGAGUGUAUGAAGGAUCUUUUGCUUGUUAAUUUGAGAGGCAACCUUCAGAUAAUUGUGCAGACUGCCAAAGAAUAUUCUGAGCAGUUAGGUGUGGAUGCCUGCAUAAAACUAUUUGAGCAAUUUAAGUCUUAUGAAGGCCUUUACUUCUUUUUGGGAUCUUAUUUAAGCUCCAGUGAGGAUUCUGAUAUACACUUCAAGUAUAUCGAGGCUGCAGCAAAAACUGGACAGUUAAAAGAAGUUGAACGUGUAACAAGGGAAUCUAACUUCUAUGAUCCCGAAAAAACAAAGAAUUUCCUGAUGGAAGCCAAACUUCCAGAUGCAAGACCCCUGAUCAAUGUUUGUGACCGUUUUGGUUUUGUUCCAGACUUGACUCACUAUUUAUAUACGAACAACAUGCUUCGAUAUAUUGAAGGCUAUGUACAAAAGGUAAAUCCAGGAAAUGCUCCGUUGGUUGUUGGGCAGUUGCUAGAUGAUGAAUGUCCUGAAGAUUUUAUUAAAGGUCUGAUUCUUUCCGUCCGUUCUCUCCUGCCAGUUGAACCUCUUGUGGCUGAGUGUGAGAAAAGGAAUCGUCUGCGGUUGCUCACACAAUUUCUGGAACAUCUUGUCAGCGAAGGGAGCCAGGAUGUGCAUGUCCAUAAUGCACUGGGAAAGAUUAUCAUAGACAGCAAUAAUAAUCCAGAGCAUUUUCUAACUACUAAUCCAUACUAUGAUUCACGUGUUGUUGGUAAAUAUUGUGAAAAGCGGGACCCUACUCUUGCAGUUGUUGCAUACAGACGAGGCCAAUGUGAUGAUGAACUAAUAAAUGUCACUAACAAAAAUUCACUGUUCAAAUUGCAAGCCAGAUAUGUUGUCGAGAGGAUGGAUGCCGAUUUAUGGGAGAAAGUCCUCCAACCAGAAAAUGAAUACAGAAGACAACUCAUUGAUCAAGUUGUUUCGACUGCUUUGCCUGAGAGCAAGAGCCCUGAGCAAGUCUCUGCUGCUGUUAAAGCUUUCAUGACCGCUGAUCUUCCACAUGAACUUAUUGAACUACUUGAGAAGAUUGUGCUACAGAAUUCUGCCUUCAGUGGGAAUUUCAAUCUGCAAAACCUGCUGAUAUUAACAGCUAUUAAAGCAGAUCCACCUAGGGUCAUGGAUUACAUUAAUAGAUUAGACAAUUUUGAUGGCCCAGCAGUUGGUGAGGUAGCAGUUGAAGCACAAUUAUAUGAAGAAGCCUUUGCCAUCUUCAAGAAAUUCAACUUAAAUGUGCAGGCUGUCAAUGUCCUUCUGGACAACAUCCAAAGCAUAGAGCGGGCUGUAGAAUUUGCUUUCCGUGUUGAGGAAGAUGCUGUAUGGAGCCAGGUUGCAAAAGCUCAGUUACGGGAAGGGUUAGUAAGUGAUGCAAUUGAGUCAUUCAUUCGUGCAGAUGAUGAAACGCAGUUCCAUGAUGUUAUUCGGGCUGCUGAAGAUGCUAAUGUUUACCAUGACUUGGUGAAGUACUUGUUGAUGGUGAGGCAAAAGGUUAAAGAGCCGAAAGUGGAUGGUGAACUGAUAUUUGCAUAUGCUAAGAUUGAUAGGCUAGGUGAAAUUGAGGAGUUCAUUCUAAUGCCAAAUGUUGCUAAUCUUCAAAACGUCGGCGACCGCUUAUUUGAUGAUGCUCUUUAUGAAGCUGCUAAGAUCAUAUUUGCUUUCAUUUCUAACUGGGCAAAGUUGGCUUGUACCCUCGUUAAACUAAAGCAGUUUCAGGGUGCCGUUGAUGCAGCUCGUAAGGCAAAUAGCUCAAAGACAUGGAAGGAAGUUUGUUUUGCUUGUGUGGAUGCUGAGGAGUUCCGCUUGGCACAAAUAUGUGGUCUGAAUAUAAUUAUCCAGGUGGAUGACCUGGAAGAGGUCAGUGACUAUUAUCAGAACAGAGGCUGCUUUAAUGAGUUAAUUUCUCUCAUGGAAAGUGGCCUUGGUUUAGAACGUGCGCAUAUGGGCAUCUUUACAGAGCUGGGAGUCUUAUAUGCUAGAUAUAGGCCAGAGAAACUUAUGGAGCACAUUAAACUUUUCUCAACUCGAUUGAACAUUCCCAAGCUUAUCCGUGUUUGUGAUGAGCAACAUCAUUGGAAAGAGCUUACAUAUUUGUAUAUUCAGUAUGAUGAAUUUGAUAAUGCAGCAACAACUAUAAUGAACCAUUCUCCAGAUGCCUGGGAUCAUAUGCAGUUCAAAGAUGUUAUUGUUAAAGUUGCAAAUGUUGAGCUAUAUUACAAGGCUGUGCAUUUCUACCUGCAAGAACAUCCCGACCUCAUUAAUGAUGUUCUCCAUGUGCUUGCACUUCGUGUGGACCACACACGUGUCGUGGAUAUUAUGCGAAAGGCUGGUUACUUGCAUAUAGUGAAGCCAUAUAUGGUUGCAGUUCAAAGUAACAAUGUAGCUGCUGUUAAUGAAGCACUGAAUGAAAUCUAUGUUGAGGAGGAAGACUAUGAUAGAUUACGUGAAUCAGUUGACUUGCAUGAUAACUUUGAUCAGAUAGGCCUUGCACAGAGGAUUGAAAAGCAUGAGCUUCUUGAGAUGAGGAGGAUUGCAGCAUACAUUUACAAGAAAGCUGGGAGAUGGAAGCAGUCAAUUGCAUUGUCCAAGAAGGACAACCUUUACAAGGAUGCUAUGGAGACAUGUUCACAAUCUGGUGACCGUGAACUUUCUGAAGAAUUGCUUGUUUAUUUUAUUGAACAGGGAAAGAAGGAAUGCUUUGCCUCGUGUCUCUUCAUUUGUUAUGACUUGAUCCGUCCUGAUGUUGCCCUUGAACUGGCCUGGAUGAACAACAUGAUUGAUUUUGCCUUUCCGUACCUUUUACAGUUUAUUCGCGAGUACACUAGUAAAGUUGACGAACUUGUGAAGGAUAAGAUUGAGGCACAAAAUGAAGUUAAAUCUAAAGAAAAGGAAGAGAAGGAUUUGGUUGCACAGCAGAAUAUGUAUGCACAGUUGCUGCCUCUUGCUCUACCAGCACCACCUAUGCCCGGUAUGGGAGCACCGAGCAUGGGUGGAUCUUAUCCAGUUCCACCACCAAUGCCCGGUAUGGGAAUGCCUCCAAUGCCACCAUUUGGCAUGCCUCCUAUGGGGAGCUACUGAGAAGUUUCGGGAUCGGCAUAGCUUGUAAGGUGGAAAUGUGGGUUGUUUUGAUGUAUUCUGGUGGUGCAGUUGAUCAAGUCUCGUGGUGCAGUUGAUCAAGGCUGUUGGUCUUGUUUUAUACCUCUUUGAUAUUUGUUUCUGGUAGCUUUGAGUUUGGUUGCUAGAGGCCGAACUGAGGAUUUUGUAUCUCUAUAAACUUUUAAGAUCGAAGACUAAUGUCUAGACUUGAGACAUGAAAGAUCAGCGCCACAUGUAUAGGUUCUCUUGAUGCUGAGAAAACCAUUGUUAUUUUCAUUUUUUUGUAUUAAUCAGAUUUAUUGGAUGACCUGAUGCUAUAUAUCUGUAUGCCGCAUUGCUUGUUAA